UGCUAGAAAAUUUCCUACAAAAUUCUACAUCCGUUUCUCAAGAAACAAACAAGCUGGGAGGCGUCUAUAUAUACGUCCAUGCAAGCGAACACAUUGAAAACAGAGGGAGGGAUUUUAUUUGAAUUUUUGUCGACUAAUACAGCAGCAGAGCGUGAAAAUUACGUCAGCACAGCACUUUGUAAGAGCUUUUUUGGGGAUUCUCUUUCAAAUUGAUUCUAAUUUAGCGAGAGAAAAAGAAAUAUGGGGGGAUGUGUAUCAGGUGAUGUGAAAGGGGGGAAACAAGCCAUUGGAGGGGCCCUACAGAGGCCCACAGAGACACCCAACAAUUUUCUUCACAAUGACGCUGUCGAUUUCUUCUACCGCUCCCAUGGUCUCCAUGCCCUUUAUACUCAAAUUGAGUUGGCAUUAUCAGCUUCCAAGUUGCUUGAUCGUGACAUCACGUCAAAGAGUGACCCGAUGGCAGUUGUAUACAUAAAGAAAAAGGAUGGAAAACUUGAGGAAAUUGGUCGAACUGAAGUCAUUUUAAACAAUUUAAAUCCUUCUUGGAUUGAAAAGAUUAGAAUUGCUUAUCAGUUUGAGAUAGUGCAGCCACUAAUCUUUCACAUCUAUGAUGUUGACACCAAAUAUAACAAUUUACCAGUGAAGUCUUUGAAGUUGAAGGAUCAAGAAUUUUUGGGAGAAGCCAGUUGCGUUCUGUCUGAGAUAGCAACCAAGCAGAAUCAAACAUUGACCCUGAAUCUCCAUAACAAAGAUGGGCAUGAAGUUUUGGAAAAUUUAGGGAUGCUUACUAUCCAUGCUGAGGAAAUUGUUGCAUCCAGAACGGCCAUUGAGUUAACAUUUCGUUGUGCCAACCUGGACAACAAAGAUGUAUUUUCUCUAAGUGAUCCUUUCUUAAGAAUUUCUAGAAUAGUUGAGAGUGGAGGCUCUAUUCCAAUAUGUAAGAGUGAGGUCGUGAACAAUAAUCUGAAUCCUCAGUGGAGACCCCUACAUCUGAGCAUGCAGCAAUUUGGAAGCAAGGAUAAUCCACUGGUUAUUGAGUGUUUUGAUUUUAACAGCAAUGGCAAUCAUGUCCUUAUUGGGAAGCUUCAGAAAUCAGUUGCUGAGCUGGAAAAGCUUCAUACAGAAAGAAGUGGUGCAAAUUUCAUCUUGCCAUCUCAUCGAGGUCAUGAGAAGGUUCUGAAAGGUCAGCUGUUUGUGGAUCAAUUUGUGGAGAAGGAGCAGUACAGUUUUCUGGAUUAUAUAUCAAGUGGCUUUGAGCUGAAUUUUAUGGUGGCUGUUGACUUUACAGCUUCAAAUGGAAAUCCUCGAAAUCCAGAUUCCUUGCAUUAUAUUGAUCCUUCGGGCCGUUUGAAUCCUUAUCAGCGGAAGAAAACGUCAUUCAUAAAUGAAUUGGCCAAAAUAAUUUUGCAGGCAAUAAUGGAAGUGGGGGAGGUCAUGCAAUUUUAUGAUUCUGAUCGGCGUUUUCCUGCUUGGGGCUUUGGGGGAAGGACGUCUGAUGGUACAAUAUCACAUUGUUUUAACUUGAAUGGAAGUCCAAGUGGCUCUGAGGUUGAGGGUAUUGAAGGCAUCAUGGCUGCUUAUGCAACUGGUCUACACAAUGUUGCUCUGGCAGGACCCACUUUAUUUGGCCAAGUUAUCAACACAGCUGCACAAGUUGCUGGUCAGUCUCUCUCCGACAAUGACAAGAAAUAUUUUGUCUUGCUAAUUAUAACGGAUGGAGUGCUCACAGAUCUUCAAGAAACUAAAGAUGCUUUGGUGAAGGCUUCUGAUCUUCCCCUAUCAAUUCUUAUAGUUGGAGUAGGAGGUGCAGACUUUAAACAGAUGGAGAUCCUAGAUGCUGAUCAUGGAUGUAGACUAGAGAGUUCUACGGGUAGGGUGGCUACACGAGAUAUAGUACAAUUUGUUCCAAUGCGAGAAGUGCACAGUGGGCAGCUGUCUGCGGCUCAAGCCCUUUUGGAAGAGCUGCCUGGUCAGUUCUUAUCAUAUGUGCGGUGUAGAGAUAUCAAGCCACUUGUUCGCCAUGGAAUUUGAAGAUCUGAUCGACAUUUGAGAAGCUU